CAAUGUGAACAGUAAGCUUGUGGGAAUGCAACAAUUGGCGAUGUUGGCUCUGUCAAAAUGUGACUGGAUAGGCUACGUAAUGUGACGUCUGCCCCGCUUUUCCAGGAUUCACCGUGAAUGGUAGACGCGGACUGGUCUACUAUUGCAGCUGGUCUAUCUAAAUUUGCAACGAUGAAACCGCCCAUCGGCACGCAGGGGCCAAGCGUUCAACUGAUAACGUACAAUGAUAAAAUAAUAUUGUGUUUCAAGCUGAAGACUCACGUGUAGCCCUGGCAUCUCAACACAACAGCAAGCGACUUGGAUAUUCCUUGUGAAUCCCCCUCAGGAGCGAAUCGGUGUAGGGGAGCGGAGCGAGCGAGCGUGCAUGGAGACACAUCACCUUCUCAUCCCAGUUGAAACAUCCAGGAUGAAGAUGAACUAACUGGUUGCCUCUUCUAUUGGAUUACCUGUUGGGAAAGCUUGUUGGGGUGGUGGGCACAUCAUCUCCUGACCAGUGUCUCCAAAGCUUGUGGCCGUGCCUUAAUGCCCUUCAUCCACGAUGAGCAUCGCCAUCAGGGGAGGUCUUUAGAGACCCAUCCACAUUCAUCCAAACAAGCACAUCUCUCCACACCUCUACAUCUCUUGUUCUUCCACAGCUGUGUGCCAACGCUGUAGAAGAGCACAACAAAGAGAGCAGGGUGUGGCGUCUCUUGAGUGGACAUGAAAAAAGUGGCCCUGUGGUCCGCGGAGGAGGUCUCGCGCUGGCUCACCGAGGAGGGCAUGCAGGAGUACUCCGAGUCGGAGCCCUUCCGCAACGUGGACGGCCACGCACUGCUCCAGCUCUCGCACACGGACUUCCAGCGGCCGCCCCUGUCGCUGGUGAGCUCCGACGGCGGGCAGGAGCUGCUGGAGCGCGUGGAGACGCUGCGCAUCGAGCACCACAUCGAGGCCCACAAGAACGGCCACGCGGGCAACGGCCACGCCGUCCUAAUCCACGACGCUGACAGCCUCACGUCGUCGUUGAGUAGCAGUAGCGGGAGUAGUAGUGGUGGGAGUAUCGACGGGAGAGAUGGGAGUCUCUCCUCAAGCGGAAGCAGUAAGACGUCGUCUGGCAAACGCAAUGGUAUGGUCAACGGCUACCACAACCACCUCCACCACAGCCACAACCACUGCCACAAGGACUUGGUCCAGAUCCCCAUGCCAGGCGGGGAGCCCACGCGGGUCUCGGCGCAGUUUCCGGCAGAGUGGGGCAAGACCCUGGUGGCCCUCUUCUACGCCAUAUGCUGCUUCGUCUCCACCACCAUCAUGAUCUCGGUGGUGCACGAGCGCGUGCCGCCCAAGGAGGUGUCGCCGCCGCUGCCCGACAAGUUCUUCGACCUCUUCGACCGGGUGGAGUGGGCCUUCUCCAUCUGCGAGGUCAACGGCAUCAUCCUCGUUUGCCUGUGGCUGCUGCAGUGGACGCUGCUUAAGUACAAGUCUAUAGUGGGUCGUCGGUUCUUCUUCAUCGUGGGCACCCUCUACCUGUACAGGUGCAUCACCAUGUACAUCACCACUCUCCCCGUGCCCGGCAUGCACUUCAAGUGCUCCCCCAAGUUGUUUGGGGACUGGGAGGCGCAGAUGAGGAGGGUGAUGAAGAUGAUAGCGGGCGGAGGCCUGACCAUCACCGGCUCCCACUCCAUGUGUGGAGACUACCUGUACAGCGGACACACAGUCAUGCUCACACUCACCUACCUGUUCAUCAAAGAGUACUCCCCAAAGCGGUUCUGGUGGUACCACUGGGCGUGCUGGCUGCUGUGUGCCGUGGGGAUCCUCUGCAUCCUGCUGGCCCAUGACCACUAUACCAUAGACGUGGUGGUGGCCUACUUCAUCACCACGCGCCUCUUCUGGUGGUACCACACCAUGGCCAACCAGCAGGUGCUGAAGGAGCCGUCGCCGAGCAACUUCUUGUCGCGAGCGUGGUGGCACCGCUUCUUCUACUACCUGGAGGAGAACAUCCAGGGCAUUGUGCCGCGCAACUACCAGGUGCCUUACCUGUGGCGACCGUGGCAGUGGGGCCACGUCAAGUACACACGGAUAGACUCCGACUGAGGGAGUGAGUGAGGAAAAGCCUUCCUUUGAGUGACUCGAGUGCAGCAGUGCACCAUGCUGACUUCUCCGAGCGACCUUAUUUUGACCUCUAAAACUGCCAUUUUUUUUGAAGGCCUUGAUUCGGGAAUAAGGUCAAUCAGCAUCGAGUACACAAGGAUAGACUCUGAGUGAGUGAGGAACCUUGAGGAACCGAGUGAUUCAAGAGUCUCGUGCUGACUUCUCUGACUCUAUGGGAGAUCUUAGUUUGACCUCUAAAAGCUGCCAUUUUUUAAAAACCUCGAUUUGGGAAAAAAGGUUGGUUAACAAGCGAGUGGAUGGAGUGGAGAUUUUGAGUGCCCUCAAGUGCCAGAUUUCAGUCUCAAGACGGUUUAGUAUCGCCAAGUCUUGAGUAUCGCCGUGUCUUCUGCCUCCUUUUUCUCCCCCUCCUCCUCCUCCUCCUCCUCCUCCUCCUCCCCACUCCCCACUCAGACGCCACCAAAAUUCCUCCAGCUUCCUCUACAAAACCCCUGAAAGAAAAAAUCAGACUGGUCAACACUGUGACAUUGUCAUUCAGCAUUUCUCUGUCGAGUGAAAAGCUAGUGUGCUUCUGACUAGACUGGAUAACUUGUGGACUUACUUGGGCACUUGGGUGAUGUUUUGUAGAAAAAAAAGUUUGUUCAUUCCUUUGGAUUUUUUCUUCUUUAGGUUCUUUUUUUUAUUUUUAUUCAUUCACUGGCAUGGUGACGUUUCAACCUCUCGGUCUUCC